AUGCACCGCGGUUUGCUUCAAAAACGUACCCUCCAGCCUGUGAGAUAUCAUUCACGUCUGGCAUCGCACAAUUCGCAGUUUAAUAAGCCUACUAUUUUAUAUGGUUUUUAUUUAACACUGGGUUUUACAGUUCCUUUUCUCUUAUCAUACUAUGAAACAUAUCAUCAAACUACUGAGGAGCUAAGUGUACUUAAGAGUAAACUCAAUCCGCGGUGCGUGUUUGCAAGGUGGAUUUAA